ACGACUCGUCCCGUCGCGAGUCCAGCGAUGCUUGAUGCCAACCAACGACGUCGACGCCACGAAGCUACCCACAUAUGUCACGAAUGUGGGCAGACCUUUACAGCUGUAUUUAGCUUAAAGCGUCAUAUGCAGUCUCACACUGGUGUUCGGCCCUUCGUCUGCAACAUUCCUGGCUGUACUCAGGCGUUCUUCAAUCAGAGCGAUUGCAGACGUCACGAACGGAGCAGGAAGCGUCACAAG